UUUCACUGAAGAUUCAUAUCAUCCACUUUGGCAACAAGCCAUAUAUAUCCCCAUUAAACUUGGAUGUCCAGAUGGAGCUUACAAUCGAAAUUCAUCUUAUAAUACAUCAACAAGACAACUUUGUCCUGAUUUUUCCUUUUUGGUAUCAAAUGCUUGUCUAUUUAGGGGUGAAGAAAAAGCACCCAGUAAUGCAGAGGAUCCUGCAAAUGAACUCACUUCUAAAUUAAUAUGGAUAUAUGGAGAGUGUCCAUAUAUCUUUGGCUAUUAUGCAGUUGGGUUCAUG